AUGAUUUCCGAAUUUAUUAUUCGUAAACAAGAGGUACAAGAUAAAGAAGAGAGUGUUUCACAGCCCGUUUUUGGUGAUGAAGAAGAGAAUUCUAAAAAUGAGGAUCCAGUAAAAAAGAAACCUCGCGUAACAAGAAAACGAGGACAAAAUAAGGAACGAGCAAAUAAAACAUUUGCCGAGCAAAUUCGCUUGUGUCAUAAAACCUCCUUGGGUGAGAAAUGUGUCAAUGAACUCUGCAAGUUCAGCCAUGAUCUAGAAGAAUUUUUAAAAAUUAAAGGAGAGGAUCUAGGCGAUAGAUGUGUAAACUUUGAGAGAUUUGGAAAAUGUCGGUUUGGAUACAAAUGUCGUUAUUUAAAGGCUCAUUUGUCACCUGAUGGAAAGUUGAUUGUGAGUGAGGAAGCAUCUUCUAGAACACUUGUCGAAGAAAAAAAUAAUCAAUCUGUUAAUAUUCAAAAACAACUCAGGACACACUCGUAUAAAUUUCCUAGAGCCGAUGUAUAUCUUGCAGAAAUGAGACAGGAAAUUGAAAAACAGAAAGAUUUAGAAAAAGCAAACAGGCAGGCAAGGUUAAAUCUUGAUGGUAAACUUAAUCAGCCCGAAGAGAUUUCGGAUAAAGUCCAGGAUAAAGUUGAGGAUACGAACGAAAGUAAUAUUUUGAAAGAUGAAAGGUCUGAUGAAAUUAUAGAUUCAAAAGAAGAAAUUACAAAUGCGAGAAAAAAGAUAAAAAUUGAACAUAAUGAUUCUAAUAGUGAAGAAAAGGGAAAUAUUGGAGAAAGUAUUGAUACAAAACCUAAAGAGGAUGUUAAUGUAGAAGAAUUUAUAGAAUCUCCAGAUGUGCCAUUACGUAUUUGUGAAAAGAAAAAGAUAACAUUUAAAAACAAGCUAUAUUUAGCACCGCUUACAACGGUUGGAAAUUUACCUUUCCGACGUAUUUGUAAAGAAUUUGGAGCUGAUAUAACGUGUGGUGAAAUGGCAAUGGCAAUAAACUUAUUACAAGGACAGCAAAGUGAAUGGGCCUUAUUGAAAAGGCAUAUUAGUGAAGAUUGUUUUGGGGUUCAAAUUUGUGGGGCAAAAGCUGAUCAUCUUGUAAAGUGUGCCGAGUUGAUAAAUAAUGAGAUUGAAGCUGAAUUUGUUGAUGUAAAUCUGGGCUGUCCUAUCGAUCUGAUUUUUAAUAAGGUUAAAUGUUUACAAGGGUGUGGAAGUAAACUAUUGAUGCACGAUGGAAGAUUAGGAAAAAUUCUUAAGGGGAUGAAUAAGGUUAUGGACAUUCCUGUAACAGUGAAAUUGCGUACCGGAAUAUUGGAUAAUUCGCCACUUGCGCAUAAAUUGGUUCCUAAAUUUCAGAAUUGGGGUGUUGCAAUGGCUACGUUACACGGUCGUUCACGUCAGCAAAGAUACACAAAAUUUGCCGACUGGAAUUAUAUUUCUGAAGUCGCUCUCAAAGCAAAUGAAAUGGCUUUCUUUGGCAAUGGAGAUGUAUUGGGAUACGAAGAUUAUUACCAACACGUCGAAAAUGAUCACAUUGAUGGAAUCAUGAUUGGACGUGGAGCUUUGAUUAAACCCUGGAUUUUUGAUGAGAUCAAAUCUAAACGACAUUAUGACAUUUCAUCCAAGGAAAGAUUUGAUAUAUUGAAAAGAUUUUGUGAUUACGGAAUGGAACAUUGGGGCUCUGAUACAAUUGGAAUUAAUCAAACUCGACGAUUUUUAUGUGAAUGGAUGAGCUUCUUAUAUAGAUAUAUCCCUGUUGGAUUACUUGAAGUAUUACCACAACGUAUAAAUGAACGUCCACCUAUUUUUCAUGGUAGAAAUGAAUUGGAAACAUUAAUGGCAAGUCCAAAUAGUAAAGAUUGGGUUAAAAUCAGUGAAAUGUUAUUAGGACCUGCUCCUGAUAGUUUUUCAUUUGUACCAAAACACGCUGCAAAUUCUUAUGAAGUAAUGGAAGCAGCUGAGGGUGAAGGUUCGAAUACCGUCGAGGAGGAAAACAUUGAGUGGGUUCACGGUUCUUCUUUGCCACCUAUCGCAAAGCAACCAUAUGCCUUUAGAAACGCUUUAAAAACAACAAUAAAACAAAUCUUUUUUAACUCCAGAAGUCGAUUCAUUAACUCGGAUAAUGAUAACAGAAUGUUAAUGUUUUUACAUGAGAAAUCUCAGGAAGUUUCGAUUUGCUUGAAUAAUACGAAGGAUGAGAUUUUAUUUGAAAUAGGGGCCGUCAGAGAAUUCAAAAUUACGAUUGAUUUCUCAAUUAUUUUUCGAUUUCAUUCCGAUUUUGUCAAAUCAUUUUAUUCUCAUCCGGAAGGAUACCCUUACAGGAAUAAAGGCAAUUAUAAAGGCAAUUCGAGAGAGGCGGACCCCACGGGUGGAAAGCUAGCCGGAAUUACGUGUAUUAUCCUCAAGCCGGCUACCUCCGACAUCAAACAUCUUAAAAAUGUGGAAACUUCGAUCAAGAAUAUGAUCUAUAUGGCAAAAUACCCAAGGGAUGACGAUUUUGGAAUUAGAGGAAGAAAUAACGAUAACUAUAAUUCACGACCUCCUAAUGGGAGAAACAAAGUUCAUCCAAUGGCGCAAAAUAACCAUCCAAUUCCCGCAAUUGAUCCAAAAGAUGUAAUGCCGCUUUGCUAUAACAAACCAAUUAGAAAACGCGAUAUGUAUGUAGUAUGUGUUUGUCCUUCUCACAAACGCGCGAUUGUUUAUUCAUCCGAGGGUAUAUUUAGUCAUUUCCAAUUUAUUCUUAAACAACGAUUCGGUUGGAAGUGGGAGAGGAUGUGGUAUAAAAAUAAAAUCGGAAUAUGGACGGAACUCAACAAUGAAGAAGUUUGGAUCAGUGUGAAAAAACUAGUCGUUGAUAAAGCGAUUCCAAGAAUCGAGGUUUUUAUGAGAUAA